AAUAUAAAUUGGAUGAUGGCAGAGAUCUUGUCCCUCUUAUUCCCUGCAGCUCUCCCUGAGGGGGGAGGCAGGUAAGAAACUCACAGACAACCCCAUCUAUAAUUGCAAGUUGUGUCUUUUUUUCCCUCUCCGUCUGUCCUUUUAUGGGCCAGAGCCUUCUGUCACUUCGGAACCUGGACAGCGAUGACGUUUGCCGAGGAUAAGACGUACGAGUAUAUCCGCCACCAUUACAGCAAUUUUGUUGACCGCGUUCAUGUUCCCGAGAUCCUGCCUUACCUGUCCUGCCUCACCACAAGUGACCAGGACCGACUGCGGGCCUCUUGCCAGCUCUCUGGGAACCAGGGCACCCUCUGGGAGCUCUUCAACAGCCUUCGGCGGCGGAUCGGCUGGGUGGAAUCCCUCAUCAAGGCGCUGAGGGCCUGUGAGCUGGUGGAUCUCGCUGACGAAGUGGCCUGCGUCUACCAGAGCAACCUGCCUGAGGUCCAGAGGCCACAGUUAGCUCCUGCUGAGAUUCCACAGCCCUCCAGACCUGCUGUGGCUCCCAGUGCCCCCUACAACGGCUACAGAGAGGAGGAGCCAAGUUUCCCCAUGCCUGUCCAGGACACCCGGCCACCAGAGUCCCUGGAAGAGAGUUCAAAGCAAGUUCCACAGAUGCCCCAUUUUGGGGCUGUCCUGAGGAGGCCAUCCGGCCCCCCGGAGCCCUCCUCUGACAUGGCGGCCUUCAGCCCUCUGACCUGCAGUGGGCAUCAAGAGCAGGACACAGAACUGGGCAGUGCCCACAUAGCAGGCGUGGCCUCCAGCCUCACCUCACCCUGUGGGCCUGUGUCUCCGACUGACUCCUUCCAGCCCUUGACCCGUUCCAUCCCCAGGGCGAGCCCUUGGCCUGCACCCUCCGUGUCAGCUCCACCUUCUGGCACCUCCUCCUUUUCCACGGGCCCGGCCUGUGCAAGGGGUGCUGGUGACCCCGGUGAGCCUGGUGUCUGCCCCGGCGGGGCAGGGCUGUCUACCAGCUCACUGACCACCAGCACAGCACCCUCUGGGGUGCCUGCCAACUCAGCAUUUGACAGAACAGUGCCUUCCAAGUUGCCUGCCCACUCAAAACCCUCAGGGGCAGUGGCCACGAAUGUGCUCACGAGUCUGCCACCGUCCAAACUGCCCAUCACCUCAGUACGUGCUGGCACAGCGCCACCCAGAGUGCUUGCGGGCCUGGUGCCUGAGCACAGGAUGUCCGCGAGCACGGUGCCCAGCAAGGUGCCCGCCAGCACAGUGCCCGCCAUCAGGAGCAACAUACCCUCGGGGGAGACUGCAGCGGCUCCAGUACCCGCCCGCGUCUCUGCCAGAGACAGCUUGCCUGGGCUAGACCCCAGCUCUGCUGUCUGGGGCCCCGAGUUGGAGCUGAGCAAGCCGGGCAGGCUGACCUCCCGGGUGGACAGUGAGCCAUUCUCGGGCUGCUCUGUGGACCUGGCCCUCAGCUACAGCAUGUCCUUGGACGCGGGGCCUGACAAUGCCCCAGAGGAGAACGAGUACCCGUUGGUGGAUUCCAUUCGGAUCCAAGUGGCCCAGGACCCCAGCAUCGAGCUGCUGGAGGGUAAUCCUGGGCCGCGUGCCACCCCACAGCCCCUGGAGGAGGAGUCCGUCCAGGCCAGCCUCUGGGCUCCAUGGCUCGGGGCAGCUGCCGCUGGGGUGCUCCUGGCCAUGCUCCUGACCAUGGUAUACAGGCGGCGCCUACUACAGUGAAGCUCUGGGCCCUCUCUGCCAUGGAUCUGCUCCCUUCCCCAUGGGGCAUCCAGCCCAAGCAUGGACUGUGCUGUCUUCCUGCCUUGUCCCUUUUGUGGGGCUGGUGGAGCCUGGGUCAGAGGGGAGCCAGGGGGCCUCAGGCCAGAUUUCUGUCCCAGCUCAUGCCCUCCCCAUGUGCUCCAGACCUCACCCACCCUGCAGUCUGGGUUGGCACCUUUAUUCUCUGGAGGUGAGGUACCCCCAUCCGGGCUGUAUACCCUCUUGUCCAAGUCCACAGAUCAGGAGGUGCCGCUGGAUUGUGCAGGGGAUCAUCAGUGCCCCCAUCCUGCCCUGGUGCCUGGUGCGCAGCAGGGUGGGGGACCCCACAGGACCUUGCUCCAGACCCCAAAAGCCCAGCCAAUGCUCCAGGAGUAUCAGGGUGGUCCAUCUCCAGGGAUAUGGCUGCUUGAGGUCCGUCAAGAAGUGGAGGAGGUCCAGACAUUCUCCUGGACCCUGGGGAACGUAAGGCAGCUGCUAGGCUAAGGACUGCCUCUGAAGCCCCUCUCCAGCCUCCUCACCCCCCUCUUCCUUUUCCUUCCCUUCUGGUCUCCAUGCUCUUUAGCUGGGGGGGAGGGGGAGAGGGAUUUGGGGAGGAGAGGCCUGCCGGGCUGAGCUUAGACCAAGGUUUGGAUUUCAGCUCCACCACUUCCUGGGCUGUGUGGCCUUGGCAGAUGACCAGACUUCUCUGGUCUUGCUUCCCCACAUGGGUAGUGAAUAUCAUGGCUCAUCUCCACUGGGUUCUUCUGAGAUUGAAGCCCACAAGUGUUUGUCAAGUGCCUGACCCAGAGUCGGUGAACACUGAUAGCUUCCCCUACCUCUCCCCUGCGCCACGUGGUAGACAUGAGGGUAUAAGAGGCAGAGUGCCCAGUGGGUAAGGGUGCCACUCUGCAGUGUGGGGUGGCCUAGGCCUGCACCCCACUCUUAACUUUCACUCUGUGCUCUGUCACUCUGUGCUCUUGAUUAACCUCUCCGUGCCUCCGUUUCCUCAGCUGUAAAAUGGGGAUGAAUAGUAAAACUUCCUAUGUAUAAAAACAUAGAUCUCCUAGUGUUGAGGAUUAAAUGAGUUUAUCUACAUCAA